AUGCGUGGAAAAGGAGCGAGUCGUAAGAAACCUGCUCUGCUGAAGGAGCCCUGCAAGGCAAAAGAGAAAGGGUCGGGACACGACCAUGACUGGGACCAGUCCAGUCAAGAGUUGCCGCAGUCCAAGAAAGGACGUGAGGGGCCUGUGCAGAAGCCAGGAAAUAUAAAAAGAGAGUACCUGCUCAUGAGAUGGCAGACUAAUGUGUCUCCUCCGACGACUUACCCGGUGAUGGCGCAGCAGCAGGUGGUGCAGGUAUUCACCAACUCCAGCCCCAUCGCCAGUCAGUGGAGCUCUGACGUCAUGGACUGUCGUAAGGACAUGGGAGUGUGUCUAUGUGGAACAUUCUGCCCCCUCAUCUUGGCGUGCAGGGUGGCUUCGGAAUUCGGCGAGUGCUUCUGUCUGCCGCUGCUAGGGGGCACUAUGCUCGCCUUACGUACCGGCCUACGAGAGCGACAUCACAUCCCGGGCACCAUCUGCGAUGACUGCGUGUGUCUCACGUUCUGUGGCCCCUGUACUGUAUGUCAGAUGGCUCGUGAGAUGAAGGCAAGAAAAUGA